AUGUUCAAAUUAUCUAUCAUAGGAAAAAUCACGCUGAUUUCUUUCAUAUUACAAGCGAUAAUAUUAUCCACUUUAGAAGCUUUCGUUGUUUAUUUCCAUUUAAAUUUCGUUAAGCAAUAUAAACUAUCUGAUCAAGCUGCUGAGGCACUCUGGCAUCGCAAUACUGUUCAGAUAAUAGGCCUUGUCAUAUUCAAUUUUCUUUCACUAACAUAUGCGGGAAUACAACUUUAUCAACACGAAAUUCUCGAAGACGAAGGGACUGAACGUGCUGAUUAUACCCCGGAUUCUUUUUUCCCUAUAAGUGAUAGAAAUGCCCCCAAAUCCUACUAUGAAGCUAGAAUGCGACCAAUCGAACAUACUAUCAUUGGUCUAAUAUCUGGCUUUUCUCUAUAUUUUCCUUUCUUGUCUUAUUUGCUCGCCAAAGAAUUUGGUUGGGAAAACUAUAAAACUUAUUCUGCUGAUAUUCAACUCCGUGACACACAUAUGUCCCUCACAAUUUUACAGACAUUGAUUAAAAUGGACCUAUUUUUUAUUGGAUCAUACGCUUUACAACUCUUACCUUCUCGAACUAUUGGAUAUGCUUCCUAUUUCUGGUCUAUUACGGAGGUUAUUCUUGUCUUUUUUUCUGGUGCUGUUAUGUUAGUAAUGGCUUGGUUCUCUGUAACUAUGGAAAAGAAAUAUCUUUUAAAUAUGAAACGUGGACUUUAUGUACUUACUGUAUUUGGUCAGGCUGAAAAGGAAUCAAAUACUGUUUCGCCUACGUCAAAAAGGCAAGGCGCUAUUCAUCAACAACAAUUACGUGCAAAAGAAC